AUGUCCAGCACGACCUCGACUGCCGCCAGUGGUAACAUUGUGUUGCCUCAGGCCGACUAUGAGAUUAUCGAUCUCGACCCUCACUUUUCCAAGGUGGUUCAAUACUUCAGAGGUUCUGAUUACUUGAAGAUUGCUGCUUUUACUGCCUCGGGCCCUGCUUUCUUGGGUGCUGUUUCAUAUAUUGAGUCUUCUGGCAAGUCUUUCCAUGUAUCUCCCAGAUAUCUCCGCUUGGCUACUUUCUUUGGCUUAACUGCUGGUUUCCUUAAUGCAUACUCACAAUCCUCUUUGCGAUUCCAGGGAGCCGUUGAAAAUUCAAGAGAAGUUUCUAAAGACAGAUACGAGGUCAAGAGCCGACUUGCUAAGGGCCUUAACCCAUACAAGGUGGAGGAGAGCGAUUUACCAGAGUGGAUCCGUAAGGUUUCUGCUAGAACCUCAAUUCAUUCAUACAACGCUUUAGCGUUCUUCCCUUGGUUCAACUUGGUUCGUCAUGAAUUCCAUGGUGUGUCUCUCGAUAAGUACUAUGUUACCAGACCCGGUGAGGAGUCUUGGGGUUUUGAUUUAAAAGCUCCUGAAAAGAACGAGUAA